UAUCUAUCUAUCUAUCUAUCUAUCUAUCUGUCUAUCUAUUCAUCUCUCUUUCUCUCUCUCUCUCUCUGUCUCCCCCCUUGUCCAUUUCUCCGUCUAUCGUGUUAAUAUCGAAAUAUUUCUCGGAGUGAUAACUACGCUCGGUACACCCGCGUAUUUUGACGAGCAAAAGUUGUUCGCUCGGAGGUCUAAGAAAAGGGAUUAUUAUUUGGCGGGAAAGAAGAAGAAGAAGAAGAAGAAGAAGAAGAAGAAGAAAAAGAAGAAGCAGCUUCGAGUGUUAUCGAAGUGCAAGGAAAAGUGUCAAGUGUUUAGAAGGCAAAUUGUUCGUGUUGUUCGUGCAUCGUCGAAGAAACUCACGUGGAUAAUUACCUACCCGUUUUUUCUGUUUUUUUUUUUUUCUUUUACUUUGUUUUCUUUUCGGCUGUAAGGCUGCCAAGAAAGGUGGUCACGACGUUAGAAACAGCGACGAGUUGUCAAGGAGGAGCUGGAGGAGAAAUAGCUGCUGUCACCGAGGAGACGCUCACGUAUGCAGCUGCAACGGAUGCGGUAGAGAAGGUGGAGGCGCAGGAGGUGGAGGUCGAGGUCGACGAAGUUAAGAUGGAAGCCGAGGACCACCUAGCGAGGGAAUACGUCCAGGAGUUUGUCCUCGAUCAUCUCGAUCCCGCCGACGUCAAGCGAGAGGUACGAAUGGGUUCGCCUAACGUAAUGGUGAACGGAAGCGUGGUGCAAAUUCCAGGACAGGUACAAGCUCAGGGCCUAGCUCUUGCACCGUUGACCCCACCGGCCCACGAAUUAGAACAACCCCAUCCGUUGUACGGGCAACCUCAUAUACAAGUGCAACACGGGGUGCUGGUAAAGGCACCACCCGGUGGUGCUCCGCAUUUGACGACCCUUUCGCAUCCAGGCACCCCGCCGGACACGCCACCGGUCUCUGCCUCUCCACCCCCGUUGCAGCUGCAACGCGCGGAGCGAGAUCCUCGCGAACGCAGUGGACUCCUCUUGCAUCUGCAACAACCGGGAUCCAUAUUACAGGAUGACAUGCAAGUUGGACCCGGCGUCAGUAUGGGCUGGCUAACCCAAUCCCUCAGGCAAGAACCCCUCGAUUUGAGACCACAUUGUCCUCAGGAACAAGCGCAAGAACCUCAUCACGAAGCUUGGUCCUCAUCGACCACCAAUCAUCAUCAUUUUCAGGAGCUUCAACACUUGCCGAGACAUACCAGGCAUCCCGGUGGGUACAUCACGAUGUCCGGUCACAUCGAAUACUAUGGUGGUCCAGGUUCAGGCGGCGGGAUGCUUCCCGCGGGCGGGGGUGUCAUGCAGAACAUGGAGGAUAGCAUGCAUGCGAUGCCCAUGCAACCGGGUAGGCCUUUGAGCGUUUGCUCGGUCAGUUCUUGUGGUGCCAGUGGUCCUAGUCCUGCUCACAGAACUGCCAAUGGAUUGUAUUCGAGUUGUGGACCUGCCAAUUCACAGGAAGAGCUUAUGAACGACGAGCUCCUCAUGUCGCUUUCCGUACGCGAAUUGAACAAACGCCUCCAUGGUUGCCCGCGGGAAGAGGUGAGUCAGGUUGUCCGCUUGAAGCAAAAACGUCGAACUUUGAAGAACCGGGGCUACGCGCAAAACUGUCGCAGCAAACGAUUACAACAACGUCACGAUCUCGAGACGACCAACAGUAAUCUGCAAAACGAACUUCAACGAAUAAAAAUCGAGCUGGCUCGAACCCAACAAGAGCGGGAUCUCUACAAGCAACGCUGUGAAAUAUUGAGGGCUCGUCAGAGUCAUCAUCACAGUCAUAAUCACAACCAUCAUCAACAGCAAGUUCCUCAGCCUCCUCAACAGCAAACGCAAUCGCAACCUCAGCAACAACAUCAGUCGCAAAAUCAACAUCCUCAACAGCAGCAGCAGCAGCAGCAGCAACAGCAACAACAACAGCAGCAGCAACCACCACCACCUCCGCAACAACAGCAACAACAACAACAACAACAACCGGCACCGGCCAGUCCUGAAGUCUACCUAUGACAUCGACAGCGCCGAGGAGGCGCUUGCUGGACCUGAACGCAAUUAUCUCGAUAGUCGAAUGCUUGAGUCGCGUUUCGAGAACGAUCAUGGAUCGAGAAAUGGGGAGGAAGAUUGAUGGGGAAGAACGUUCGACCGAUACCUCUGAGAUCUGGGCGUUAUUUCGACACCAAAAUAAUCAAAUAAUUCCGAAAAAUGACAGAAGCAAAAAGCACUUCUUUUGCGUGUGUGCGUGCGUGCGUGCGUGCGUGCGUGCAUAAACGUUAUAAACACAACUUUAUAUGAGGAUAGAUGGCUGGCUAUUCGUUUGUUUCUUUUUGUAGUUUUCCUUUCUUUUUUCGACGAUACACUGAGGACACAAGAAGAUGUCUAGAAUUAAGUUAAGGCAAAUGUAGGAUUAAGCACUUAUGAAAAAAUCUCGUCUCUAGCGUUUGAUCUACGCGUGUACAUAGAUUCAUACUACAUUGUUUAUGUAAUAUAUGAUCGCAUUGCUUGGAAUAGUUAUCGGAUCUUGGUAAGAAUUAUCGCGAUUAAAGAACUCGCGCGCUCUCUUCUAACGUCAAUUUAACUUAAAAUUAGGACAUUUGCAUAAGUUUUGAUACAAGAUAGGACUCCUUUUAUUCAUUUUCUUCUUACUAAUAGAUGAUUGAAUAAUAAUUGAAAUUUUAUUUUGUUGCCAAAAGUU